ACACGUUUCUUAUAGAAUAAUAUCUUCAGCAGUACUGCAUUAUCCAGUAGGAAAAUCUUAUCACUGCUAUUGGAGGAGCUUUUGGUUUCUCCGAAGAAGCUCUUACUAGGAUUCUAGGGUUUGGUAGUUUAUGUAAUGGAUUCGUAUCCAAGCCCUAGAAUUGGAACCAACAAUUUGGUUAAUUAUGCCCUGUUCUUUCUUCUCAUUGCUUCUCAUGUUUCCGUUACUGUUUCAGCUCAGGAUAUAUGUGGAUGAUCUGUUGGCCUUAGGAGAAGAAAAGGGAAAGGCUGAAAUGCACCCUACCAAGUACAGGGUCGUUGCCUCUGACAUCCUACAAUGGGGAGAUACGAGUUGCCCUAUCUUUCACCCCCAUAAGGUAAGUCAAGGUGGAUAUGAGGAGAAAGAACUUGGAGGAUGGAGACAUGGUUUGCACCCCCACCACCAUGGUAAGGAUGAGGAGGAUUUGGAGUUGGACAACUCAGAUACUUCCGAUGUAUUGAACACCUCUUUCUACUUGAACCUUAGACCCUAAAUAUCUGGUUAAUCAAGAAACUCUUAAAUGCUUAUUGAGGGUUGCCUUAAAAUUAAGUUUUACUCUAUUUCUCUUUAUCACAAACUAAAAUUUAUAACAGCUCUGUUCAGUGUUUCUCCAUGUUAGUGCAUUCACUGUAUAUCAGGCUAGC